AUGCCUCCUUGCACACGGCCAGCUACACUAAGUCUGCGCUACAGUCGUUGGAUGGGUAGCUGCAAAAAUGGCGGAAGAACAGGUGAGUCUGUAAACAAUGUUAUUAUUUACGAAGAAUAUCUUGCUUACCUGAAUAAAAUCGCAAUCAAGAUAUAUUAUUUGUACCCACUAAAGCUCGAUACUCCGACAGAGGUUCUCUUCUAUAAAGAUGGUAGGAUCUUUCAUUUUUCUAAGAUUUAUUCGUUGUCGGCCUUUACUGUCUUUCAAGAGGUGAGACAGUUGGAGUUACUUUGUAAACAGUUAUAUGAGUCAAAUGAUCCAGCACUUAGGACUGAAGCAGAAAAAACCCUUGUUAAUUUUCAAAAUUCCCCCGACAGUUUAUCAAAGUGUCAACUACUUCUGGAUAGAGGUGAUUCAAGUUAUGCCCAAUUACUUGCAGCAACCACCUUAACUAAGCUUGUUUCACGGACUGCACAAACUGUCAGUCUACAACAAAGAAUUGAUAUAAGAAAUUAUGUUUUGAAUUAUUUAGCUACCCGACCCAAAUUGGCUCCCUUCGUAGUUCAGGCAUUAGUUACAUUGUACACAAGAAUAACAAAACUUGGUUGGUUUGAUUGUAUAAAAGAUGAAUUUGUUUUUAGAAAUGUUAUUAAUGAUAUCACCAAAUUUUUGCAGGGUGCUGUUGAACAUUGUAUGAUAGGUGUUCAGUUGUUAUCACAGUUAACAUGUGAGAUGAACCAAAUAUCUGAAGCAGAUGCUAAUCGGUCUCUAACCAAGCACAGAAAAAUUGCUUCAUCAUUCCGUGACACUCAACUAUUUGAAAUAUUCAGACUAUCAUGUUCUCUCCUUGGAACAGCUUCUGAAAAUUGUAAAAGUUUGAAUUUCAAUGACGAAGCCCAGCAUGGACUAAUGACUCAGCUACUAAGGUUGGCACAUAAUUGCCUUACAUUUGAUUUUAUUGGGACUUCCACUGAUGAAAGCUCUGAUGAUCUCUGUACUGUGCAAAUUCCCACUUCUUGGAGGCCAGCAUUUCUGGAUUUUACUACGCUUAAACUGUUUUUUGACAUGUACCAUUCUCUGCCAAGUUCCUUAUCUCCCCUGGCACUCUCCUGUCUAGUUCAAAUUGCUUCGGUUCGAAGAUCAUUAUUCAGCAAUACAGAAAGAGCUAAAUUUCUCACUCAAUUAGUUAAUGGAGUCAAGCAUAUUUUAAGAAAUCCUCAGGGCUUAAGUGAUCCUAGUAAUUAUCAUGAGUUUUGUCGACUGUUAGCUAGGCUAAAAUCCAACUAUCAAUUGGGAGAGCUUGUCAUGGUUGAAAAUUAUAGGGAAGCAAUUCAGUUAAUUGCCAAGUUCACUGUAGAAAGUCUCAAGAUGUGGCAUUUUGCCCCUAACAGUGUUCAUUAUUUGUUGAGCUUAUGGCAACGAAUGGUAGCCAGUGUACCAUAUGUUAAAGCCACUGAACCCCAUCUUUUAGAAACAUACACACCUGAGGUAACCUCUACUUACAUCACAUCGAGGCUCGAAUCAGUUGCUGUUGUAGUCAGAGAAGGUCUGGAAGAUCCAUUAGAUGAUCUUGGAAUGGUCCAGCAGCAGUUAGAACAAUUAUCUGUUAUCGGAAGAUGUGAAUAUCAAAAAACAUGUGCACUUCUAGUUCAGUUAUUUGAUCAAUCAGCAACCAUGUACCAGGAAUUAUUUAACUCUCAGAAUGCCCAUCAAAUGGAUGUUUCAAUUCAGCAGGGUAGACUUACUUGGUUAGUUUAUAUAAUUGGUUCAGCUAUUGGAGGAAGGGUUUCUUUUAAUAGUAAUGAAGAGCAUGAUGCAAUGGAUGGUGAGUUAGUAUGCAGAGUGCUUCAGUUAAUGAAUUUAACUGAUUCACGUUUGACUCAAGGAGGCUGUGAAAAGUUGGAGUUAGCUAUGUUAAGCUUUUUUGAACAAUUCCGAAAAAUAUAUGUUGGCGAUCAGGUUCAGAAAAAUUCAAAAGUUUAUCGAAGAUUGUCAGAAGUAUUGGGUCUCAGUGAUGAAUCAAUGGUGUUGAGUGUUUUUGUCAGGAAAAUUAUUACAAACCUUAAAUACUGGGGCAGGAGUGAGCAUAUAAUUUGUAAAACAUUACAAUUGCUAAACGAUCUCACUGUCGGAUAUAGCUGUGUUAGGAAGUUAGUUAAGUUGGAUGAAGUCCAGUUCAUGCUUAAUAGUCAUACAAGUGAACAUUUCCCAUUUCUGGGUAAUGGUGUAGAGGUCAGCGAAAUGCGGUGUAGAUCAAUGUUCUACACCUCUUUAGGCCGUUUGCUUAUGGUUGAUCUUGGAGAAGAUGAAGAUAGAUUCAUUACCUUCAUGAUUCCAUUAACCAAUGCUUUUGAAUCCAUUGGAGCAAUGCUUCAGACAGCUGGUACUCCUGUUUUUGCUGGAGAAGAAGCAAAAAAAGCUUUAAUUGGUUUAGCAAGAGAUCUCCGAGGUCUUGCAUUUGCUUUUAACACUAAGACCUCCUACAUGAUGUUAUUUGAUUGGAUUUACCCAACGUAUACACCAAUACUCCUUCAUGCGAUGGAUCUAUGGUUCAGAGAACCACAGGUGACUACACCAGUGCUCAAACUUUUUGCUGAGCUGGUUCAAAACAGAUCUCAAAGGCUUCAAUUUGAUGUUUCCUCUCCUAAUGGAAUCUUAUUAUUCAGGGAAGCAAGCAAGGUCAUUUCAAGUUAUGGUGCAAAUAUCCUCACUGUUGAUGUCCCAAAAGACCAGAUGUAUUCUAUGAAAUUAAAAGGAAUUUCUAUUUGUUUUUCAAUGCUCAAAGCAGCUCUUUGUGGUAGCUACGUAAAUUUUGGAGUCUUCAGGUUGUACGGCGAUGAGGCUCUAGACAAUGCUUUAAAAACUUUUGUCAAGUUACUCCUCAGUAUACCUCAAUCAGAUUUACUUGAUUAUCCUAAACUUUCUCAAACAUAUUAUGUACUUCUGGAAUGUCUUGCUCAGGAUCACAUGAGUUUCUUGUCUACCUUAGAACCUAAUGUGUUUUUGUACAUACUGUCAUCGAUUUCAGAAGGUUUAACAGCUUUAGGUAAUGGUAAAAAAAGGAGGCCUCUCAAUCAGACGAACCAGAAUAAUAUGUUCCUCCAGGUACUAGAAUUGCAUCCUGAAAUUCUCCAGCAAAUAUUAAGUACAGUUCUCAAUGUCAUAAUGUUUGAAGAUUGUCGGAAUCAAUGGUCGAUGUCAAGGCCGCUGCUUGGACUAAUUCUUCUCAAUGAAGAAUACUUUAAUCAGCUGAGGGAAAACAUCAUAAGGAGUCAACCUGCGGACAAGCAAGCAGCGAUGGCUCAGUGGUUUGAAAACCUAAUGGACUCGAUAGAACGAAAUCUUUUAACCAAGAACAGGGACAGAUUUACCCAAAACCUUUCGCUGUUCAGGAGGGAUAUCAACGACUCCCUGAAGGGUCCAACCAUGGCCAACACAGGAUCUGUAUCUGAUAUGAUGACUUCAUAGUCCAGUCCCCAUUACUUAUAACUUUUAGAGACUGAUCGGUUGUCCAUUUAACGACUGUAAAUUAUUUUUUACGCGUGUGUCCUCGGGUCAUUGGCAUGUAAUUUCUUUUCAUUUUUUACCUAUCAAUCCUGUAUAUAUUUUGUUGGAAGGAUAGCGAAAUGAAUCGGAUAUUCUUUUAUACGUGUAUGUGGCUGUAUGGUAAAAAGACUUCCAUAACACCUAUUCAAGUUAUGGUGUCAGUUGCUUUACUUCAUUUUUAUUCAAAUUUAACAACAAUAGAUUAUCUGCCUAUAUUUUAAUAUUCAAAUUGGCUGCAUCGAUCAAAUUAUUGAAGAAAGUGGGAAAUUUAUGCAAAUUUCAACACCAUUCUUGCUCGACCUAUGUCUCAUUUAAUACUUUAUUAAACAAUUAUAUAUAUUUUGAUUGAUAAUUAGGAAAGAGAAAAGUUAUUGUAGUUUUUCUAAUGGCCAUGAUUUAAAAAAAAAAUACAAAAAAAUUGUUAUAGAAUUUUAUGUAUAGAGUUAUGUGCAUAUGUAAAUAACUUUAAUGAACAAAUAAGAAUGUUCAUUUGUGAAAAUUUUAAUUAUUUUUUCUAAAUAUAUUUGUUUUGAAAAUUGUUUACACAACAUUCUAGUAUUUAAAAGGAUCCAAUCUUAUGUUCAAUGUUUAUUUGUUAUAAAGGAAAGUUGAAAACUGUUCCGAUAUCGAAGGGAGUUGUUCCCAUAGUCUGUUUAGACUGAUGAAUGUGAAGAAUGAUUUCUAUUUUUAGAGUCUGAUGUAUACUUACCUAUAUUUUGUAUUCCACAAGUUCAUCAACUGCUAAAAGAUUACUCUAAAUUUACCGCUAAGUAUGCAAUAAUGCAUAUACAAUUUUUUAUGAAAGAAAAGAAAUUCUAUGGUUCAUAAUUCAUUUGUAAAUAUAUCAUUUUUCAUAAUAUUGAAUCCAUUGCCAUUUUUGCAUAAUACUUGCCUAUGACUUUUAUUUAGCUCAGAAGUAAUUGUUUUAAAUUUUCUUCAUCAUUGCAUCAAAUUAGACUAAAGGCUAUAUUCUUUUGUUUAUUUUUAUUUAUAAAAUAUCACAGUCUCCUUUUAGGACAUUCCAUUAAUGCAAGGCACUUAUCUUCAACAUGCUCAUAAAUUGAUAUGACCGUUGUAAUCAUGUAUUUUUUUUUAUUAAAUUAUUAUUUUGUUAAUCUGUGAGCCUUGAGGGCGGGCUGCCGGUUUAGCCAUUCUCCCUUGUCUAUUCAUUACACGAUUUUUCUCUUUGUAUAGAAGAUUUAGUAUUUAAUGUGUAUGAUUGUUAUAUGUUGAUAGUCUAUUCUAUCCCGAUUUUACAUUUUUUUUUUUUUAAUGAAUCGAUGAGUUCCUUUUACAUUAUUUUAUUUUGAUUGAUAAAAUCAGUCAUAGAAUAAAUAUUCCAGCAGAACUACUAUGUAGCUUUACUAAAACCCUUUGUCAUUGUUGUAAUUUUGUUAUAACUCUUAAUUACCUACCAAAGACUAUUGAUUCUGAAAUACUAAUUGGGACUAAAUUAAUUAUGUAUUUAUUACAAAAGUUGGUAUGGUAUUGGUUUCUGUAAAAUAUUGCCUAAUGUUGCUGAUAUCUUAUUGUUCUAGAUCUAGAAACCUCUAUUGUUUCGUAUCUAUCUUUAGAGAAUGACAGAUAAAAGUUAAAAAAAAACUGUGAUAUACUGAAGGUUAAAGUCGACAAUUAAUUAUUAUUUAAACAUUAAAUGUUUGGUUUUCAUGAAAAAUGUAUAAUUGAUUGAUUUAAAGGCCUUAGUCAUGUUAUUAUGUCAUUUAAUAUUUAUUAUUUUAUUUUUGUUUAUAAAUGAAACAAUUGGGUAGUGAUUUGAUGAUAAAAAAUUCUUAUAUUGUGUAACUGUUGAUGAAUCCUUCAAUUCAAAGUUUUUAGAACAUUUGAAUUUUUUUCUUGAUCAACAAUUCUUGUAAAGAAUAAUUGAUUCAGAAAUAAAAGUAUAUAAAGUGACAUAUGAACAUGAUCUGGGUCAAAGAUUAUCAUUGAUUUGUUCUUCAGUACAAAAUUACAAUAAUAUUUUUAAUGUAAUUUAUUUACCUUUUCAUUUUUUUUUAAUCCUUAUUUUUC